AUGGUAGCAUGGUGCCAAUUUACAGAAGUAACCCCUUUCUCUUAUUCAGUUGAAGAGCAAAACCCUGUUCUCUUUAUACAGAACUUCCUGCAGUUAGUUUUCUCUGCAGAUGAUUCUGGCAGGGUUCUAAAGUACAACCCAACCACCAAGGAAACAACUGUUCUCGAAAGGAAUCUCCAAUUCCCAAAUGGUCUGUCCCUGAGCAAAGAUGGUUCCUUCUUUGUUUUUUGUGAAGGAGCUAAGGGGAGAUUACGCAAGUAUUGGUUGAAAGGUGAAAAAGCAGGAACUUCAGAAGUGUUCGCUGUGCUGUCUGGAUUUCCUGACAAUGUCAGAACUAAUAAUAAUGGUGAAUUUUGGGUAGCACUCCACUGUCGCAGGUCCAUGUACACAUAUUUUUGUGCCUUAUUCCCAAAAAUAAGAAAAGUGAUACUCAAGCUUCCCAUUUCAGCUAAGAUUCAGUUCCUGCUUCACAUUGGGGGCUGGCCUCAUGGAAUUGUUGUCAAGUACAGCCCAGAGGGUAAGCUUUUGCAGAUUUUGGAAGACAGUACAGGAAAGGUUGUUAAAGCUAUUAGUGAAGUGGAAGAAAAGGAUGGAAAACUAUGGAUGGGAAGUGUUUUGAUGCCCUUCAUUGCUGUCUACGACCUAUCUUAAGAAAAAGAGUUCGUUUUUGAUGCCCUUUAUUGUUAUUAGUUCAUACUCUAGAGGUAUCUGCUUCGACAACUUCAAGCAACCACCCCUCUUUCCCUUCUAUUAACACCAUUCUCAUGGUCACUUUGUUCCAGUAUACGUGUUAGCUUAUUUCACUUAAUAUUCAGUAUAUUCACCAUGCACUUGACCAAGUAAUUGUAAUAUCUUUCUAGAAUUAAAAGAGAAUGUGUAAGGGGUCAUGAUGAUUUCAGACAUCUAAUGCCAGAAAUAUCGCAUUUAUUACGAAUAUGAACUUUUUAACAGUUCAUCAACUG